AUGGCAAUAUUCGAAGGAGUUGGAAUAUAUGGUUGGAUUGUUCGGGUUGAGAGAUUUUUCAGAAUGGGUGGUUAUAAUGAAGCAGAGAAGCUGGCUUUAGUUUCCGUAAGCUUACAAGGAGAAGCUCUGAGCUGGUAUAAUUGGGAAGCCAACAUGAGACAAUUUGGAAGUUGGGAACAGUUUAAAGCUGCUCUGAUGCUACGGUUUGGCAAUUUGAAGAUUAGAGGACCAAUUCAAAGUUUGUUUUGCAUCAAACAAACAGGUUCUAUCUCAGAUUACGUGCAGAGAUUUGAAGAUUUAUCUUCACAAGUAACUGGAUUAGAUGAUCAGAAACUGGAGGUCGACAAGGAACUUAAGGAUCCAAACGUCUCUGACUACAAGAGUAACUACGGUCACAACAAUAAUACUUGGAAGUCAAAGAUGAUAACUACAGACUUAACUCAAGGAAAUGACAGACAAGUAAACAAAUAUGAACAGAGACCAAGGAGACAUAAUAAUGGUGCAGAGCUAGAUGAGAAGAGAAGGAAGGGAAUCUGUUUUAAGUGUGAUGGACCUUACUCUAAAGAUCACAAAUGCCCAAAUAAGGAGCUUAGGGUUUUAACAAUCUUCAAUGGAUAUGAAGUGGAGGUGUUAGAGGAUAACGAAGUGGAUACGGAGAAUGUGUGCAUAGCAGAGCCAGUUGGAGAAUGCAUGGCAUUAUCAUUCACCUCAUACAGAGGAAUUUCAUCCCCCUCAACAACUAAAACAAGAGGUACGGUGGGGGCAUCGGAUGUGAUCAUCAUGUUGGAUAGUGGUGCCACCCACAACUAUAUCUCACCUGCGGCAGUGAAGAAACUAAAAUUGAAGUGUAGAGAAGACCCGAAUUUGACAGUUAAGCUGGGAACAAGCAUAUUAGUUCAAGGGUUGGGAGUUUGUGAGAAGGUACACUUUUCAAUCCAGAACUUAGAAUUCACUAUGGAGUUUGUUGUGUUGGAGCUAGGACAAGUUGACAUUAUUUUGGGAGUUUACUGGCUACGCACAUUGGGAGAUUGCCAAGUCAACUGGGAGAAGAAUGAGAUGUCAUUCCUAUAUAAAGACAAGAUAGUUACGAUCAUAGGAGAAUCAGAUUUGGAAAUAUCGAAGAUGUCUCUGAAAUCUCUAUCCAGUGGGUACACAGUGAACACGAAAGGAGUGCAAGUUGCUCUGUACAACCACCAAGUCAUUCAGGUGACACAACCUUUAGCUGGUGCUAUUCAAGAAGUAUUGGCAAGAUUCGAUAUGGUAUUUGCUAUUCCAACAGAUCUUCCUCCGAUCAGAGGCAGAGAACAUGCGAUCAAUCUUUUACCAGGGAAUAACGCAAUCAGCGUCAGACCGUACAAAUAUCCUCAUGCACAAAAGGAGAUAAUGGAGCGAAUGGUGAAAGAGAUGCUGGAUUCUGGUAUUAUAAGACCAAGUCAAAGUCCUUUCUCAAACCCUGUUCUGUUAGUAAAAAAAAAGGAUGGAAGCUGGAGAUUUUGUGUUGACUACAGAGCCUUAAACCGAGUAACAGUACCUGAUAAAUUCCCUAUACCCAUGAUUGAUCAGCUACUUGAUGAGCUAAAUGGUGCAGUAAUGUUUUCCAAGUUAGGCCUUCGGGCUGGUUAUCACCAAAUCAGGAUGAAAGAAGAAGAUGUAGCAAAAACGGCAUUCAGGACUCAUGACAGCCAUUAUGAAUUUCUGGUCAUGCCCUUUGGUUUAAAAAACGCACCAGCAACUUUUCAGGCUCUAAUGAAUGAGUUAUUUCGACCUUAUCUCAGGAUGUUCAUAUUAGUUUUCUUCGAUGACAUUUUGGUUUACAGCUCGUCUUUGGCAAAACAUGUAGAGCAUUUGGAGAUCGUGAUGAGAAUGUUGGAGGAGAACCAGUUAUUUGCCAAUAAGAAGAAAUGUCUGUUUGGUCAAAAACAAAUAGACUAUUUGGGUNGCCUUCGGGCUGGUUAUCACCAAAUCAGGAUGAAAGAAGAAGAUGUAGCAAAAACGGCAUUCAGGACUCAUGACAGCCAUUAUGAAUUUCUGGUCAUGCCCUUUGGUUUAAAAAACGCACCAGCAACUUUUCAGGCUCUAAUGAAUGAGUUAUUUCGACCUUAUCUCAGGAUGUUCAUAUUAGUUUUCUUCGAUGACAUUUUGGUUUACAGCUCGUCUUUGGCAAAACAUGUAGAGCAUUUGGAGAUCGUGAUGAGAAUGUUGGAGGAGAACCAGUUAUUUGCCAAUAAGAAGAAAUGUCUGUUUGGUCAAAAACAAAUAGACUAUUUGGGUCAUAUCAUCUCGAAUGAAGGAGUAUCUACUGAUCCAGAGAAGACAAAGGCAAUGACUCAAUGGGUUACUCCUAAGUCCGUGAAAGAGUUAAGAGGUUUUCUGGGGCUUACUGGAUAUUAUUGA